AUGACGAAUGGAUGUGUAAUAAAAAACGCCACCCUGGCUUUGCGCAUGCGCGGCGCUGAUAUUAUUCAUCCGAGAUCAAAAAGGAAGAACACCCUAGAGGCUACCAUUGAUUUAAAAAGAAAUGGCCCAAGAGACGAACCAGAGCCCUGUGCCCAUGCUCUGUGCCACAGGUUGUGGUUUCUAUGGAAACCCAAGAACCAAUGGCAUGUGCUCGGUUUGUUAUAA